UCCCCCAGCAGCUCUACGCUGGGUCGGGCAUGGGUCCUGGGCGGAGAGGGGGUUUGCUCUGACCUCGCAGGUUUCCGUGCAAAGCGGGGCGGGGGGGAGAGUUAUAUUCAAGCAGAGACAAUGAGGAGCAGGUCCGGGUUGCUAAAAUCCAGAGGGGGAAGAUGUAACAGUAUCUUCUGCGCGAGCCUGACCUGAAAGCCGAGCUUUUAAAGGAGAGCCUUUGCAAACAGAGAUGAGUUCUCCCACAACUCGGUACUUGUUUUUUUUUCAGUACUUUGGGACUAAAUAUAGUGGUGUCAUGGAGACAUUGGCUGAUCAGUCUGUGCUCGGUGUCCAGAAUUACUUGGAGCGGGCGGCACAGAAUCUCAGACCCGUCACUCCCAUCAAGUUCUACGUCUCCAGCCGAACAGACACCGGCGUCCAUGCCCUCUGCAACUCCGCUCACCUCGACGUCCAGAGAGGCGUCGGGAAGCCGCCUUUCCCUGAAAGCGUUAUUGUCUCCGCCCUCAAUUACCACUUGAAGCCCGAACCAAUCAGCAUUCUGAGUGCCUAUCAGGUGUCUGAUAACUUCCACGCACGCUUCUCCGCAUUGUCAAGAACCUAUGUUUAUCGGCUGGUGACAGGCUGCUCUCACUAUUCCCAAAUACCGGUGUUUGAAAGGGAUCUGUGCUGGGCUCCCAAGGGAGACCAUUUGAACGUGCCUGCCAUGCAGGAAGCAGCAGGUUCCCUCCUAGGGACCCAUGACUUCAGCACCUUCCGCUCAGUCAGCUCUGAAAAACCUUUCAAAUCUCCCAUUAAAACCCUGGCCCAGGUAGACAUCCGACCCUCUUCUGGCUUCGUGUCGCAUCACUAUGAAUACAGGGGACUGCAGUUCUGGGAGCUAGAAUUCAAGAGCAGAUCAUUCCUCUACAGGCAGGUACGAAGGAUGGCAGGGGCUCUAGUAGCAGUUGGCCAAGGCAGGCUGGCACCUUAUCACAUAAAGGAACUAUUAGAGAUUAGAGACUCGCUGGCUUAUCCACAGAACACCAUGGCUCCAGCAGCUGGACUCUUCCUGAAAUCUGUGGAGUAUGACGACGCUGACGUGGACACAGAAGGUAACGCAGCAAAAUAGCGGCCCUGUGAGACGUGCAGCUGUGCCUGAAAGAACUCGGUUGGUGGGGGCCAUGUCGCAGAGAUUUCCAGAACUCGCUUUGUAUGCUGAUACGCGGCCAGGUCUCAAUAAACCCCAUUGAUUGUGGCUA